AUGAUGAUGAUGAUGAUAAUUGCAAACAGUAAUGAGGUGGAGAAAGUUCCAGUCACUACUGCACGGUAUAUCACUCGUGCACGCAAUACAGAUCACACCGUCAUACCACUUGCUGUAGCUGGCCUUGCUGGUCCAGAUGCUCGUAUUACAGAAUUGAAUCCUACACUGGCACCUGCUCCAGCCAAGUAUGUUGCCAUGGUUGGACUGGUUUUGAUUGCACAGAACCGGUGUGUUCUCCUUCAUGCCAACAUGGUGGCAGCUGCCUGCGAGGGGGUACCUUGUCAACAUGGCGGGACAUGCGUCUCCCAUAACAACUGCGCAUGUACAACAGGAUACACCGGAUCCAGCUGUAAUUCACCCAUAUGCACAGCACCGUGUCAAAAUGGCGGCUCCUGUGUUGCACCUGACACGUGUACGUGCCCACCAACACACGUGGGCCCAGUUUGCGAAACACGAAGAAUUGUUGCCGCAGUAACCGACUUCAUUGAUCAGUACAACGUGAGUGAUGUUGUUGCGGGGCACUUGGAACGGCUCCUCAGCAUCAGUGACACUAACCACGGUAACGAGAGUCUGUUGCAUUGUGUUGAUGAUUCCACCUGUACCGCGAUCGGCCACAAGAUCUGUGUUCCUCCUAUGAUCGAGCUGGGGCAGCAGCACUGUAGGAGUUUCUGCAAGUUCUGUAUCAGCAACUUCUUGGCUGAACCCGAUGCUUGCAUGAGUAACGCUGCUGACGUUGUUUUCGUCGUUGAUGCUUCGAGCAGUGUCGGAUUAAGUAACUUUGACAAGGUGAAGACGUUUCUAAAGAAUACAGUGAGUCACUUCAACAUUGACCAGAAGCACACAAGGGUCGCUCUUAUUGAGUUCAGCUCACAGGUGACUUUGAUGUUUCAUCUGAACGAUUUCACGGACAUUACCAACCUGAUGUCGGGUAUCGACAACAUGACAUACUCCGGUGGUGGAACAGUUACAUCGGAAGCCAUUGAAAUUAUGAGAGGGGUUGGGUUCGUAGGAGAGAGACCUAUGAUACCCGAUGUCGCAGUCAUCAUAACCGACGGUCUGUCUAAGUACCCGACACUGACCCGGCGUCAGGCCGACCACGCUAAGGACGAAGGAAUAACUAUGUUCGUCGUCGGCGUCGGCAACGAAACAGACCAUCAGGAAGUGCGUUAUAUGGCCAGUGAUGACAAUGACCUUUUCCAGGUGGACGAUUAUGACGAUCUUGAGGGCAUUCAUCUAGAUGUGGCGAAGGGUAUAUGUAAAGUGGUUCUGCCAUCGAAUCAUCACAGUCGCAAUCUGUCGACGCCGUCGCCCAUAUCGCACGAGUGUGUAGACAUGUUGCCAAAUUGCACGAGCACCCCCGCGACUCUUGCUCGGACUAUGAAGCCUACUCCCGGCACAACUGUCCCAAAACGUGCGGAUAUUGUCCUGGAGAGAACUUGACUGAGCCGGCGUGCGCGGACACAUUAGACAACUGUGAUGCCUUCGGCGCAGUUAUGUGCCUCCGGCCAAAAUACUUAGACUGGGUCAAUGACUACUGUAGGAAGACCUGUGGUGUCUGUGGAAGUAAAAAAGACCUAUGGACCACUGCUCCUGCCACAACCCCGACUACAGAGCACAUAGCAGCGCCUGUACGCUGUAAGGACGAAGUUCAAAACUGUCAGAAUUACGACGCAGAUCUCUGCACAAAUCCGGCGUACUCGAACUUCCGUCAGGUUUCCUGCAGAAAGUAUUGUGGCCUCUGUUAUGUGAAGCGUCAAAUACCCUCAAUCACUGUCAAUGGCCACAAGUGCCCAUCUUGGAGUCUACCCGAGGUGUGUACGUUGGAAGAACACCCAACCAAGUGCUGCCCGACCCCGAAAUGUCCCCAGGGCUACCGUCUUGGAGUCCGCAGGCAGUGACAUUUGAACGUGAACAUAACAUCGAAAUGCUGAUUGACUAAAUGCGU